GGGUGAGGAGUCAAUGGGGAAAUGACUCAGAGAUGUUUAGCCUUUGUGGCCUGCCCUUUGGUUUAUGACGGCCACCUCAGCAACACUGACCUUUGCCCUCAGGUGAUGUCCCGUCAUAUGAGUGAAGGCACCAGGCCCUCUCACAAAGCUAGUGGCUUACAGACCAGUGCUAGCUUCUAGAACCAUGGGGACCAGCCUGCGCAGUCAGUCCUUUCGAGAACCCCGGCCCUGCUAUGGGAGGCUCCAUGAGUCCCACGGGAGAUCUCUGGAGGGCCGACUCCGCCGGGCACUGAGCCUCAGACAGGGCCGUGAAAAGUCCAGGUCCCAGGGCCCCAGUGGCACGGAAGGGCUGGAAGUCUCUGUCCAGGAGCGGCUGCCAGGGACCCUAGGAGACACAGAACAGCUGAUCCAAACCCAGAGAGGAGGGAGUCGACGGUGGCUGAGACAAUACCAACAGGUGAAAAGAAGGUGGAAGAGCUUUGUUGCCAGCUUUCCCAGUGUGACCCUGAGUCAACCAGCCUCCCCAGAGGCCUUGUUGGACACCAACAGCUAGAGCUGCUGUGACUGCCCCUCACUCCAUCGGCUGCACUCCUGUGUCUCCUUGUCUGCCUCUACAUGGCUUUCCUGGACUCUGAACUGCUCCAGCCUUCGAACUUUGUCUUAUGACCCAAGGAAGCCUCUGUCACCAGAUCAUCAAGGUCCCAUGUGGCUGCCCUUCUUGGUUCUGGCACCUAUCUCUUAGCCAAGACCUCUGUAGGCCUGAGGAGAAGAUGCUUGGCUCUCUGCCUUUUGGGUUUAAUGACCCCUGGGUUUAUGAAGACCUUGAGGAUCUAAACUGGAAUGAGAGCAGCAACUUUGACCCCCUGGCCCCACACAGACCAGCCACCCACUUCCAGGUCGGGGUUCAGUGAAGCCAAAGAAAGGCUGAGAACUUCGUGAAUAUCACCUGGUCUAGGACCAAGCUCCACCUGCCUUUCUGGGCAGCUGCUAGUGACUGGCCAAGACUUGGGCCUCCCUCAUAGACUGUGAGCCUUCAAAGGCUAGGACCACGUCUGGACUGUCCUCAGUGUGGGUGCUGUAUGCCUGGGAAGCCCAAACAUGCAUCUCGAUGCCUUUGGACUUCAUGAUAUCCCGAUGAAGGAAGCAGGGAAAUCUUCACUCCCUGUGGGGCAGAGGGAAACUGAGGCCAGAAGUGGAGAAGAGACCUUCCUCCUACACCACACACACACACACACUGCCUAACACUGGGAUUGAAACAUUAAUAAAGCCACUGAGC